AUGGCAGUCGCCAUCCUCACACUGCUGGCGGCGGCAGCUGCCGUGCUUUCGCCCUCCGCUAGGGCAGCCACACUGCCGCCGCAGGAGGCUCAGCAACAACACCAUGCAGGCACAGCCCUCGAAGUUCGGGAUGCACCCUCGUCGCUCUCUCUCGUUGGCGUCGGCCCUUCGUCCCUGGCGAUAAGAGCCGUCGAUCGCGCCCCCAGCGGCUACACUCCGUCGUCGGUCGACUGCCCCGAGCAGCGGCCUUCGAUCCGCAAUGGCUCCGAGCUCAGCCCGAUGGAGUUGGCAUGGCUCCCCAAGCGUCGCAACGAGACCAUACCGCACAUUCGCGCCCUUCUCAGGCGGCUAGCCAUCCCCGGUUUCGACAGCGACAAGUACCUCGAGCAGGUCGAACGGAACGCCACGGCCCUCCCCAACAUUGGCCUCGCCGUCUCGGGCGGCGGCUACCGCGCCAUGCUCAACGGAGCCGGCGCCCUCGCCUCGUGGGAUAGCCGCUCCGACGGCAGUCAGACCAAGGGCAACCUCGGCGGCCUGCUCCAGUGCGCCACCUACCUCUCGGGCCUCUCGGGCGGCGGCUGGCUCGUCGGCAGCAUCUACACCAACAACUUCACCUCGGUGCAGGAUGCCGUCAACUCGCCCAACAUAUGGCAGUUCGGUAGCUCCAUACUCAAAGGCCCGGAGCAGUACAGCCUGCUGCAGUACUAUCGCAACAUCCUCGACGACAUCGAAGCCAAGGAAAAGGCCGGCUACGAUCGCUCCAUCACCGACUACUGGGGCCGCAUGCUCUCGUACCAGCUCAUCAACGCCACCAACGGCGGUCCUGCCUUCACCUUUUCCUCCAUCGCCGACGACGCCGACUUUGCCUCCGGCAAGACGCCCCUGCCGUUUCUCGUCGCCGACGGCCGCGCCCCCGGCGAGACGCUGAUCGCCCUCAACUCGACCGUCUUUGAAUUCUCCCCCUGGGAGCUCGGCUCCUUCGACCCCUCCCUCAACGGCUUCGUGCCCCUGCGGUACGUCGGCUCCAAGUUCGCCAACGGCUCGCUUCCGGCAAGCGAAAAGUGCGUCAGCGGCUUCGACAACGCCGGUUUCGUCAUGGGCACCUCGAGCUCGCUCUUCAACCAGAUCGUCCUCUAUCUCAGGGAUCCCAGCAGCAACUACGUCCCCGCCGACUCGCCCAAGUUCGUCGUCGACGCCUUGACCUCGCUGCUUCAAACGCUGGGCGAGGCCAACAACGACAUUGCAGACUGGACGCCCAACCCCUUCAAGGGCUACAAUCCCCUCAACAACCCCGGCGCCGGCUCCGACCGCCUCACGCUCGUCGACGGCGGCGAGGACUUGCAAAACGUGCCCUACCACCCUCACCUCGCCCGCGGCCGUCAGGUCGACGUCGUCUUCUCCAUCGACUCCUCGGCCGACACCAACACGAGCUGGCCCGACGGUGCGUCGGCCAUUGCCACCUACGAGCGUUCGCUCGAGAACAUGUCGUCCGGCACCAGCUUCCCCGCCGUCCCCGGCAAGGACACCUUCAUCAACGGCGGCCUCAACACCCGGCCCGUCUUCUUCGGCUGCAACUCGACCAACACGACGACGCCCUCGCCCCUCGUCGUCUACAUCCCCAACUAUCCCUACGUCUACGCCUCCAACAUCUCGACGUUUCAAAUGUCCAUCCCGUCGGGCCAGCGCGACGCCAUCAUCCAGAACGGCUGGGCCGUCGCCACGCAGCUCAACGGCACCCGCGACGCCGACUGGCCCGUCUGCGUCGGCUGCGCCAUGCUGUCCCGCAGCUUCGAGCGCACCGGGACGGCCGUUCCCGACAAGUGCCAGCAGUGCUUCGCUCGUUACUGCUGGGACGGUAAGCUCAACGAGACCAAGGCUGCCCCCUACGAGCCUACCUUUUACAGCACGCCCAUCGAAGUCAAGAGUCUCGCUUCGAGGAGCAUGACCCGUCGCUCGACGGCGUCGGCCGCCGCCUUCGCUUCCCUGCUCGUGGCCGUGCUCGAAGUCGUAGUGUGGUGA